AUGGCGUCGUUUGCAAGUCGAUCUUUACGAAGUGCUUCUCGAAUGGUUUUACAGGUAAAAUUAACUUCCUUUUUUAGUUUUUGAGUUAUUGUAUUGAAAUUUGCUUUCUUUUUUAAGACGACAGGAUCGCAAGGUGGACGAAUUUCAUCGCAAGGUACAAUUACCAGUAUGAUGUUUUCUCGUUUCCACGUGUGCUUUUAACUUAGAGGCUUAAAUUUUAUUAAUAUUAAGUUAAGCUUAUAUAAGCUUAAGAACAGAUUAGUUGAAUUUAACGGCUCUCACUGUAUAAAAUAGUCUGCUUAUUGACGAAAUGUGUUGCAGUAAAUCAAAAUUGUUAUGUAAUGGACUCAUACUAAAACGUCAACAUCGUACCUUCAUGGUACAUCUUGGUGUGUUCUAUUCACAGGUUGCCCAAGGUCCGGUGACCACAGGAAGCCUUUCCUUUUAGAUAAUAAAUAUUAUUUAUACGGGAACCGUACUAUCAUUUAUGAGACUGCGUGCGAAAUUUUGAUUGUACUAAAAAAAUUAAGCGAUUAGUUUUCUUUUGAACUUUCAUUAUACCUUCAGUAGUUUUAUGCAUGAUAUGUUUUCACCUGCUUCUGGUUGCUGGUCACAUGGCUUGUAUUUGUUUUAAUAGCCUCUGAGCAGGCUCAUUUGUGUACGAUAGCAGAGAAAAUUUUAGCAGUGGAGUCACCAGCAUGAGCUGGCAAAUGGGGUAAGGUAAAGUGUUGCAUAACUAUCUUUGCACUCUUUUUACCAGCUGUUAGAAGACACUGCAAACUGCAAAGUAUUCAAGCUCUUCACCAAGCAGCUGGUGUUAGUUUGUGAGUAUCUUCCUCUGUAGCCUACUUAGCAGUUGCAGGCAUGAAUCUAUGAUAAAUACCGACUGUUUCCCUAAACGAGCGCUGAAGGUGCAAGCUUGUCCGGGGUCCACAGGGAAUUUUUUGGAUUUUAACUCCCCUAAAGGCCCCUUUCCUUGGUUUCUGAGUUGACAUUUAGACAGGAUAUUGGCCAGUUCCAUUCUCCUCGGAUGAAGGCUUGCAAAUUGGAGGAUUAUUUCAUCUCCUGAUUUCAACUUGGAAAUUUUUUUUAAAAUUUAUGAUAUAUUUCUUAUGAAUAAUCUGACCAAUUUUCUUGACCCUUUAAGUCCCAAUAGUGCUCAAAAUCAAUUUUCUCCUAAUGAUAUCCAUAGAUUGUCAUGAGCAAAGUCUAUGAGAAUUAAUAAAAUGAACACAAAGAGAAAAAUAUUUGAUCUUUUACCCAAUUCUCUCAACUAAUUCUUCAAGGAAAUGUAUGGAGAUCAGUUUGGAGAAUUUGUAUGUGGAUAUUGGGACUUAAAGGGUUAAAAUGGAGGAAACUGGUGUGGAUUAUGCUUCUCCAGGCAGGAGAAGCAUAGGUAACACGCAAGAGAAGGAGGAAAAAAAACUGAACAAGCGGGGGUGCUCCUUCCCCCCACUCCUGCUUUUUUUUCUUGCCUUCACAUGUCUUCUGCACUUUUCCUGUGUGAUUAAAAGGAGACAGAAACUUAUGCUAUACAAACUCUUUCUUCAGCUGAUAUAUUUUAAACUGCCUUGUGCUGCCUUUGUCUUGGCCUCUUCUCAAAGGGCCACUGAACCAUUAUUCCCAAAUCUUUUUUUGGUCAUUCAAAUAAAUCUGAUCCAUGUUUCCUGGGAAAAUUGUUUAAUUGACCUAUUCUUUUUCAUAUUUCUCCAGAGCAAAGCAAGCCCAAAAGCAGUUUGUUGUCAGUAUAUCAAGAACAGUCUCCUCUUGCACUCUCAUAACUACAGGUGAGGUCAAAAGCUACCGUUCUAAUUCAGUUGAAAUGCUCCAGGCAAUGAUUUUGUUGUGUUUUUUGCUCGUUUUUUAAAGUUUGAAAUUGUACAAAAGUAACUUAAUUUUGAGGUGUGACCAUUUUUUCGUUCACUAGUUCCCACUUUGUUUUUGAGAAAUAACCUUUGGAGAACCUUCUACCUUCCUAGUGCCUGUUUUUUUUUGCUCAACCAAAGAAGGAUAGGUUCUGGCAAUGUCUUAAGCUCUUUCCAGGGAAAAAUGCAAUCAGAUUUCUUGGUAAUAAUCUAUUAUUGUCUGGACCUUAUGUUUUAACAGUCAGUUUGACUCAAAAUUAAUCCAUCUGAAAUAUUAUUAUUUUUAGUGAGGUAUGUGGGAGGGGAGGACAGGGAGCCCGGGAAAAUAGGAGGCAGGACAGGGGGAGGGGUAUGGGAGGCGGGAGACGAAAGGGUGCGAGGUGGGAGUUCUAAAAGGCUGGGAAAUGGGAGAAAUAGAGGGAAUUAUGCACAAUGCUUAAUAUUUUGCAAUCGAAAAAGGGGCUAACGUUUGGACAACCCUGGCCCCAUCUCCAUACCAUAGCAUUUUAUCCAAAGAACGAAGAAGUUAGAAUUAUUUUGUCUGCCCUGUAAACUUAUUUCAUGCUAUAAUAAAUAUUAUUCUCCUUCAGCUGCCCCACUCAGUGCAAGUGUAUCCUUAUGUGGUGCCGGAAUUAGCUCUGAUAUAAUGGAGGGCUCAUCGGGUGAUGAUGAUGGACUAGUGAUCGAGGCGCGGAAACAUCUGGAUGACUUAUGACACAGGCUUUUCUUACACACAAAUUUUAAUCUUUUACAUUGUGUGUAAUAUGCUGAUGACAUUCCCUCUUUUUAAAAGUAAUAUUCCUUUUAUGCAUGGACAAGCCAAAAAUGUACCAGUUUUCCAUAAUGUGUGCAUCCUACCCUGAGCUUCUGUUGUGGUCUCUCUGUUCUCAUUAUUUUGUUGUUUAAGAUCGGUUUGUUGUUGUGGAACAACAGAACAGCCCAAAACGUAUCAGUUUUCCAUAUUGUGAGCUCCCCAAGUUUCUAUUGUGGUCCUAUUUCCUUUUGUUGUUUAAGAUCUGCUUUUCGUGAAAUGGUAGAAUAACGGAAAAGAGUAAGAUGUACUUACAACAGAACUUGCUCCAAAGUUUAAAAGUUUUUGCAUUUGUUUUAAGUGUUUUUAUUAAUGCCUUGUGUUAGGCUCUGUAUUAAGACCAGCGAUUGUUUUAAAUUUACUUGAAUAUUAGCCAGUUUUAUCUGUAAUAUUGUUAGUAAAGUACAAAAAUCUGUGAACCUUUGGUUACCUUUUGUUUUUAGUUUUCUAUUUUAAACAUUAAUCUCUGCACCAUUUCAUCAUAUUGCCCAUAUUUUACUUUCCUUUUCAAGACUUGGUGAGGGGGAUUGUCAAAAAAUUCUGUAUGAUGUAGGGGGAUAUUGAAAAAUUUUGCCCCUUAAAAAAAUCCCCCCCCUCUCCCUGCAGUAUACAUAAUGAAUGCAGCCCGAGAGGGUUGAAAAGUCUUCAGCGAUUGUGGCCAUACUUGAUGGUUUUCACGAGCUGCAUCUCGACCAGUAACCUUGAGUAAUUAUAUUUUGAUGUUUGUUUUUUUUCUGGUUUCAUGAAGUCAAGCAUUAUUUAUGCCGUCACUUUACGCACAGUCAUAAGAUUUGAGACUAUGAUCUGACCUAUUACAGAACUUAAAAAGUCUUUAGACAUUUUCUUACUGUGACUAGAAAGAAAACAUUCUGAGGAAUAUUUAGUUAUCCUGUUGGUUGUGAAAAGAAAGCUUUGAGCGAUAUUCUUGCCUCGAGUUUAUCUUGAAAAAAUAGCAAACACGUCAAAGCUGAAGCUUAAGUUUAAAUCUGCAAGGUUUUAUUCUUGACUCAGGAUUUUCAGAGACACUUCAC